AUGAAAGAAAAUCUAUUGAGUGGGACCACUUUUUCCAGGGAAGUUGACCGGCUCUGUAGUUCAAGUGUUUGUAUAGGUUUGCCGGAUGAUUUUUGUCAACGGAGUGCUUAUCCUCGUGAACAAUUGGAUUUUCAACUCAAUGACUUCGCCAGAUUUGAUGAGGCUGACGACACUUUCUUGGAUUCAUUACUUGAAGAGCAUGAGAGUGGAAUCCAUGCUGCUGGUUCAGUUAAUUUUUCACGAACAUCCAGCAAUGACAAUAUGAUGCCAUCUAAUCUUUUAAGAGAUCUAGUUUCAGAGUCUAAGACUGUUCAAGACGAUAUAGGACACUCGAAGGAUCUCCAGAAGUACACUUCUUCCGUUUCACGAGACUGCAAGAACGAAGCAAACGACGAUCCCUUUUCAGUGGCAGAGGCGAUGGAGGUUGACAUCCCCUUCUCGUUGGAGCACAACAGUGCAGAUACACACAUCGCAGAGAAAGUAACAUCACUGGAGGAAUCUGCAUAUCUGGAGCUUAGAAGCAUGACUGUGCAGUUGACGGAGAGUACCAGAAUUUGCCUUCGAGAUGCCCUGUACCGCCUUGCAGAAAACUCAAAACAUGAAGAUAUCGACAAUGUUCAGGAUGGCCAUGACGCACCAGAAGAGUGUUCACUGACAACCUACGGUGAAGCAUCUAGGUUGGGCGAUACUGAAGAAGAAGAGUCAACAAAUGCAAUUGAUAGAACAGUUGCUAAUCUCCUGUUCAACCACAUUAGUUUUUGCAGCCCUGCUUCUACUGAAACAGAGGAUGAAGUGAACGUCAGUUUUUACGAUUACAAUCCAUGUUUCUCUGCUGACUCUCAUGGUACCGUUCUUGAUGGUGAUGCAGAAGUCCCAGCAUUUGGUUUAAUGAACCACCCUCCACCAACUCCCCGAGACUAUUCUCAUUUCUCGCCUACUGCCAUGGAUUUGCUUCCAAGUGAAAGCAGAAUUGGGGCAUGA